AUGAGUGCACCCAGGGAUCCGGAGGCGGUCGACGCCAACAUCUCAUACCCCUCCCCCGGGGCAGAGGGAAUGGACGCUGGUCCUUUCUACAACACCGGCGCGCGCGACGGUGUGCCAGAUCAUCAUGAUCACACCGAUCAUCAUGUCGCCGGGCAAGUGCAGGUGCAGGAACAUGAUCAAGGCGACCUCCCCACCGAGCCUGCGACUCCCCAGCAACAUGUAUCGCGCCCCGCCAACCUCGAGGAGCUGCAGCUGGCAGCCCAGCUUGGCCAGGGCCUCGCCGGCACACCCAUCAUGCCCACCUCCGAUCCCAAUAUGAACGUGGAAGACCCUAAUCUGAGGAACAUCAUGCCCCAUCCCGAGCCCGAGCCGCAACAUACCCCGUCAUAUGUGCAAGACACGCCCACCACCGAUCCUAUGGUCCCCCAUUCCAUGCCCGUAUCGGUCGGCCCCCCAAUGCCUCCGCAAUACUCCAUGGACAAUAGUAUUCCGCCUAGAAAGCGAUCCAAGGUGUCGCGUGCCUGUGACGAGUGCCGAAGGAAGAAAAUUAAAUGCGAUGCGCAGUCAGACGCAGGAGACAACCCGUGCUCUAGUUGUGCACGAUCAUCCAUUCGAUGCUUGUUUAGUCGAGUCCCUCAAAAACGAGGACCAAGCAAGGGAUACAUCAAAGAGUUGGCAGAUCGUAUCCAUAGUAUCGAGAACAAACUGGAGAAUGAGGGGCAGUUGAGCCAGGACGAUCUCGACCAUCUUUUUGUCCCAGAUCGACCACGCCAGAACCACGUUGGUAGUGAUGAUGCAACCCGGAAGCGACCAUUCUCGAGCAUUUCGGGCGAGUUCACCACGCCUGCACCUACACGACAAACUCCUUGGGGAUCGGAGCAGCGAUCAAUACAACCGUCGUCGGCAGCUUCAGAUGGCUAUGCGGCCCCCUUUAGCACCGGCUCGCUGGCGCCCCAACCUUCGGCGAUUAAACCGGAGAGCACCCCCUCGAAGCCUCCAGUUGCGGCCAUGGAUAUCUCAAUGCCUGAUGCUGAUGAAGUACCGGAAAUCGACGAGGACACCCUCCACAUUUAUUUGUCGAAUGUUCAGCCGGUGUAUCCGAUCUUACCCAGCGGCAAGGCCAGAGUACAAGAAUUGCUUGCACAGUGUCCAUCAUCUGUACGAACUGCAUUUGUCAACGCCCUCCCAGCGGUGACAACUUCAUCAGGGGAUGUAAAGCUCGCUAGCUCUCUGCUCAACGAUUGGGAGAGUAGUGAGGCUCCGCACUCGCUAGCAGCCAACAUUGUGCAUGCGCAGACUCUACUGCUGUUGAUUAUUGAAGCCGACUGGCGGUCUUCGCCAACAAUGCCAUUCUUCUUGGCCCGGGCGGUUGCGCUGGCCAAUUCGAUGAAGCUCUGGCGGUACACUCCCAUGGAAUCGGCUUCAGAGCCAGACUCGGACGAUCAGUUGUGCGUCCGAAUCUGGUGGUCGUUGAUUCUCAUGGAUCGUUGGCAUGCGGCAGGGACAGGCAAGCCUGCGCACAUUCCGGACAGCAGUGUUGUUGCGCCGCCUGGCUUGGAGAACAUCUUGGGAGAAGUGUGCUUUUACCUCGUCCGACUGUCGAAGCUGUUGAAUCGAGUGUCACACGUUGUGUCGACACUACAGCCCGGCUCAACGACGACGGAGCAGCCGAUGGCGGCGAUCCUGACAGACUACAUUGAGAACUAUCGGGAGGACCUCCCGGCGCAUAUCGAGCCCGCAUCUCACCCGUUGGUGCACUUGGCUUACUGGCAUUGUAAACUGCUUGUGUCGCUCCUUACACCUGGGGCGACUCCGGCGGAGACAAUGUGGCCGACAAAGGAGUUGGUGAACCUCUUAUUCGCAAACACAUACCUCCGGAGCCCGCUGGUGAAUCACUUUGCAUCCCUUGUGGCUAUGUCUCUGGCGAAACUGUCUAAACUAGAGAGUUCGCGGGAAGAGGCGACGCAGCUGAUUAAGGACAUUGUGGAGAAGCCCGGGGACGUGUGGGACGGUAUCAGGGACAAGCUCUCGGAGCAGAUGCGGCCGACAUCGUCAGUGGAGGCGGCUGCGAGCCAAGGCCUGCAGCACCUUGCGGAUCUGGCAACGGCACACGAAGGAAUCGCUCCUGGAGGGGACGACUUUGCGUUUGGACCCUCGCUGGCGUCAGGAUACCUCGACGUCGCGUAA